AUCACGGUCACACUGUACCGACUUCACGUGUUGCAAUUUGUUUUCAAUUUAGUUUAUCAAAUAAAGUUUAAAAUAUGUCCAAGUUUCUUUCGUAUUACAACCUAUUCCCGAUACCGGAUCCCAAGGAGUUCUUGGGCAUGUCCUCGGAUGGGGAGAAGGGCAACGUGGUGACGACACUGGCACGCAAUGUGGUCGUGGUUUUAAAUAUUAGCACACAAAAGCAGCUGCUCAGUUGGUCCCUUCCAGAAAAGCUAUCGUCCAAAGUUAUAUACGAUCCCAGCAGCCAGAAAUAUGUGGGUGUCUUUGGAAACCACUCUCUGCGCCUUUGGGAUGUGGACACCAGCGAUGUGUCUAAGUGCAAGAAACUGAAGUUCCAGAAAAGUAUUGCUCACUUGGUGGAAAACACCCAGGAAGCUUUGGUUCUCUUCAGUGAUGGCGACUGCCAAACGCUCUCUCAGGCACUGGCUUCGCGUAAGGAUCAGAAAGAAGAUACGGCCUUGCAACUGUCCCUGGCAGCCAGCAAAAUCAUCAGCAAGCCAACUAUUUACACAACGCCCCAGGGCCAGCAGGUGCUUACGUUUUUCGAAGAGACAAAGGCCACUGGUGAACUGCAGCUCAUCCGGGUCGCCUUGGCCACAGCCACCAGGCGGGAGUACCACAUCAAAAGAGAAGAUGUACGGCUAACUGGUUACGCCGUCAUCGAGGGGGACGCGGCUCCUCAAUUAUUGACCAUUUGGUCCGACAAGCGAAUCUUCAUGCUGAACUUGGCAGACCGAACUUCGGAGCGUUCGCCCGGGCAAUUUGUGUCUAUGCUGGCCGAGCUGAAUGUGGAAAGCAAGCUGUCUGUGCAUGGAGUAUCUAGGAAUUUCGCAGCAAUCUACGGGGCCAACUAUGGCCAGGAAGGGGGCUCUCUAUUGGUAUAUAACACGCAGUUCAAAGUGGUGAAUGCCAAGCAGUACUUCAAGGUGUACCUGGACUUCUCUCGCCUGUGGGCCGGGGAUGAGCACAUCCUGCUGGCUAUGGGUCAGAAUAUAGCUGCCGUACGGUACCGUAUGAACCAAGAGGUUCUGGUGGACAUGUUGGGCUCCCAGUUCAGAGACACCCACCUCACGCCCAUCGAACUGGAUCAUAUCAACGAGGAGGAGCACCUAGAGUCAGUCAUCAAGUUCGAUGGCAGCACUAAGCCCUUCAAUUAUCGGACUAUUAAAUCCAAGUUGAACAAACACCUGUCUACUCCCGAGUUGCAGGCUGCCGAUGGAAAGGAGUUGGCAUAUGACCCUCCUGAGUUAGUGGAGCAAGAGAUUAGCGAAAUAAUCAAGCACCAUGUUCAUGGAGAGGCCAACAGCUGCGAAAACGGACUUGAAGAUGUAAGCGUGACUCUGAUGACAAACUUCUUUGAUGCAGGACCAAUGAACACGGCGGUCCAGGCUUUGGUCCGACAGCUGGAAAGGAGUGGAGCUGGUGAAGAGGAGAUUAUCGAAAAGAUUCUCACUCUUUUCAUUAAGACAGGAAACAGGGAACAUGUGCUGAUGUGCCUGCGGCGCUAUAGCAACAUAUCAGAGAAAAUGCUGGCUUGGUCACUGCGAUUUGCUUUAGAUACGAGUGACAAUCCAGCUCAAGUCAACGGCCAUGCCCAGGACGAAGCAGUGGAUGCCAAGAAGUCUAACGAUACGCUGCUGAACGCAGUGCUUUCCUGCAGCUUUGAUGCCAGCGGUAUUGAGGAGCACCUUCGCCAUCAUCUGGAAUUAGUGCACGUGCAGCGCCUAAUGAAUCACCUAUAUAAGCUAGCUAGUGAUCCCAGUGCCCAGUUGGAGGAGCGUCCGAAUCGUAACUACUCGUUGGUUCAAACCGAGCUCCAGGCUCUCCAAUGGUUCGGCUGCCUCCUAACCUCCCACUUUACCCUGCUGAGCGUCUCGAGGGACGACGCUUUGCUUGAGACCCUCUCCAAUUGGGCUGAGCUCCUCUCCUUCUAUGAGAACAGUUUAUUUGACUUGGCCAACAUUAUUCCACUGCUCACGAAUAUUGUUGAGAAGCGAAAGAUGAAACCCAUUUACUCCACAACGUGGUAUGGCGUCGAGGAGGUCGUACUCUACUAGGGCAACAAUGUAAAGGACUAUUAAGCUUUUUUCCUAAGAUUGUUAUAAAGUGCUAAGUUAAAUAAAUAUAUAGUUUACUUGAA